CGGGGCCGGGCACGUGUCCUCGGGCCGCCCCCUCAGCCACGUGACCCGCCCAGGGCAGGGUCUGAGCUGGGCUGGGGGCCGCGAGCCCUGGCGGCACAGACUGACUGGCCGGCCGGGAGCAGAGCUGACAGGCGUUGGCGCGGCGCGGCUCGGCCCCGGGCGGAGUCGGCGGCGGGCGGGGACGCGGCGCGGGAGGACGCGGCGGCGGCGCUGGGAACGGACGCCCGGGCGCCGGAGGCGCCGGGAUGUGGAGCGGCCCGCCCCAGCCAGACCAGGGCCUCCCGCCGUCCCUCGCAGCUGUCCCGGUCUCCUGGAAGAGCACGGGCCCCUGCCAAGGCCACAGGGAGUCCCCAGGAGCCCUGGUGGAGACCUCCGCCGGGGAGGAGGCCCAAGGCCAGGAGGGCCCCGCGGCCGCCCAGCUGGACGUGUUGCGCCUGCGCAGCUCUUCCAUGGAGAUCCGAGAGAAGGGCUCCGAGUUCCUCAAGGAGGAGCUGCACAGAGCGCAGAAGGAGCUGAAGCUAAAGGACGAGGAAUGUGAGCGGCUGUCCAAGGUGCGGGAGCAGCUGGAACAGGAGCUGGAGGAGCUGACAGCCAGCCUGUUUGAGGAAGCUCACAAGAUGGUUAGAGAAGCCAACAUGAAGCAGGCGGCAUCAGAAAAGCAGCUGAAGGAGGCUCGGGGCAAGAUCGACAUGCUGCAGGCAGAGGUGACAGCCUUGAAGACGCUGGUCAUCACGUCCACACCAGCCUCUCCCAACCGCGAGCUUCAUCCCCAGCUGCUGAGCCCCACCAAGGCCGGGCCCCGAAAGGGCCACUCUCGCCACAAGAGCACCAGCAGCACCCUCUGCCCCACCGUGUGCCCUGCUGCAGGACACACCCUCACCCCAGACAGAGAGGGCAAGGAGCCCGGGCUGCCCCCGCUGCUCUCCCUGCUCCUCUGCGUGGUCCCCAGCAAGGCGGUUCACCUCACCUACGAGCCGGCCUGGCCGCUCCCACCUGGGGAGCCCCCAGCCCCCGCCUGCACUCCCUCUCCCUCCUUUUCCCGACAGGUGGACACAAUCCUGUUUGCAGAGUUCCAGACCUGGAGGGAAUCACCCACCCUGGACAAGACCUGCCCCUUCCUGGAAAGGGUGUACCGGGAGGACGUGGGUCCCUGCCUGGACUUCACGAUGCAGGAGCUCUCGGGGCUGGUACGGGCCGCCGUGGAGGACAACACGCUCACCAUCGAGCCGGUGGCUUCGCAGACACUACCCGCAGUGAAGGUGGCCGAGGUUGAUUGCAGCAGCACCAACAUGUGUGCCCUGAGUGGGCUGACCCGCACCUGCCGCCACCGAAUCCGGCUCGGGGACUCCAAAAGCCACUACUACAUCUCACCAUCUUCCCGGGCCAGGAUCACCGCAGUGUGCAACUUCUUCACCUACAUCCGCUACAUCCAGCAAGGCCUGGUCCGGCAGGACGCAGAGCCCAUGUUCUGGGAGAUCAUGCGGCUUCGGAAGGAGAUGUCACUGGCCAAGCUCGGCUUCUUCCCCCAGGAGGCUUAGGGCACAGCCCAGGCCUGGAGGGAGCUCUGAGAUGGAGCAAACACCCACCCCAGAGCGAACAGACACGCAGGGAGCCAGAGGCAGAACAGAUGGACAGACAGGCCGCAGAGGCAGCCCUGAGCCAGCACCACAUGUCCAUCCUGGGACAGACAGAGGGACAGACGGGCCUGGACGUCACGGGAAGAGCCCUCUCUCUUCCCAACUGGGUUCUGCCACCACCAGGAGGUUUUCAAGAAAGCACCAAAGACCAGGGAGCUCGGAUCCUUACUCGGGGGUCCUCAGCCCUUGGGAGGGGACACCUGAGGCAGCCAGCAUCCCCCUCCCCAGUCCCCAGAACCGCCUGCAGGUGCCUUGUUGCCAGCAUGUAGUCAGAAAGGGACUGUCUGGGUGGCUGGAUCUCCGGGGUACCCUCCGCCCCAGCUGCCAAGCCCUGGGCCAGCAGCGCCCCCUUGUGGCCAUCCUGUGCCUUGUUCUCGCUGGCUUCCCUGUUGGACUGCUAGGAGGAGCUGGCGGGGCCUCCACAGCACAGAACUGCCCCAAAGCCUUGUUAAGAUGAAUCAGGGCCCCUCCCCUUCCCUUCUUCUCCCACUCCCUCCUUUCUUCCCUUCCUCUCCCUUCAUAAAGGCCUCCCUUGUCACCUCCCCUCCCACCCGACUCAGCCCUGUGCUCCUGGAGGCCCUGCUCCCAAAACCGCUGGAAGGCUUGGGGCACUGUCUCCCACAGUAGAACACACACAGGGCUUCAGAUCGCCCACGCCUGUUUUCCGCUGUGGGUGGCCAUGCAGACACCCGCCCUGGCUUGUGGGGCCUGGGUGGGCAGGCAGGACCUGGGCCCUCCCACCCAUCAGAGCCCACUUGGGACCAGACCAGGGUUAGGGUCUCCCACCUGGACACAUCCCUCACCACGUCCAGAUUUCCUUCUUCGGAUAGAAUGUAACACGAUCUCUAUUUAAUAAAGGAAGGCUUUGUUGGUACAGGCUGGGUGGCCACGCGCCCUCACUCCUGCACCCUGGGGCUCCAGCCAAGGCUUGGGCAUCUGAA